AUGGCCUCCUCAAGAGCCUUGUUCAACCCCACACUGACCGCCACGCUUUCAAGGGCCACCAGCACGGGUCUCUGCUCAACGGCCACAACGGCCGGGCUGAGAACUGCCUAUGUCGCCCUACAUCCAUUCAACUCAUCAUCGCGACGAAACUUCUCGGUCUCACACAAAGCCCAACUAGAUUUCUUCCCUCCUCCAAAGGAUCUCCCAAACAUCAAACAAACUCCUGCAUCAUGGCCACAUCCAACCGCUACCGACGAACAAUUGAAGGCCGUCCAGGUUGAUCAUCGAGAGCCAAGGACCAUUUCUGACUCAAUAGCGUACAACAUGGUGCGCUUUUUCCGAUGGUGCACAGAUGUGGCCACCGGGUACCGUCACGAUCCAACGAAGCCCUACAUCAUGAAUGAAAGGAAGUGGUUGAUUCGAUUCAUCUUUCUCGAGACCGUCGCCGGAGUGCCUGGGAUGAUGGCCGGGAUGCUCAGACACUUCCGAAGUCUCAGAAGAAUGAAGAGAGACAAUGGAUGGAUCGAGACGAUGCUUGAAGAUGCAUACAAUGAGCGUAUGCAUUUGCUCACUUUCCUGAAGAUGGCCGAGCCUGGCCGCUUCAUGAAGCUCAUGAUUCUCGGAGCCCAGGGAGUGUUCAGCAACGGAUUCUUCCUUGCCUAUCUUCUCUCGCCCAAGACAUGCCACCGCUUCGUCGGCUAUCUAGAGGAGGAGGCUACAAAGACCUACUCGUAUGCCAUUGAGGACCUGGAAAGCGGCAAAUUACCUGGCUGGGAGAAGCUCGAAGCGCCAGAGAUUGCCGUCAAGUAUUGGAACAUGCCAGAGGGGAAGAGGGAUAUGAAGGCCCUCCUCUAUUACAUUCGAGCCGACGAGGCCAAGCACCGAGAAAUCCAUCACACCCUGGGUAACCUCCAAGCCGAAGAUCCCAACCCGUUUGUAUCCGAAUACAAGGAUCCCACAAAGCCACAUCCUGGCAAAGGCAUCGAGCAUCUCAAAUCCAAAGGCUGGGAACGAGAGGAGGUUAUCUGA